AUGCUGGCGGGCGACGCGGGCCCCGCGGCCACGGCGGCCGUCACGGCGGCGGCGCGCAGCGUCGUGCGCAGCUCCAGCAUCAGCGGCGACGUCUACGGGCUGGAGGCGGGCGCGCGCGGGGCCGCCGACGCCGCCAAGAAGCGCCGCUCCAGCCUCGGCGCCAAGAUGGUGGCCAUCGUGGGGCUGUCCCAGUGGAGCCGGAGCACCCUGCAGCUCAGCCAGCCCGAGGGGGGUCCCAAAAAGCUGCGCAGCACCAUCCGGCGGAGCACCGAGACCGGCAUCGCGGUGGAGAUGAGGAGCCGGGUGACGCGGCAGGGCAGCCGCGACUCCACGGACGGCAGCACCAACAGCAACAGCUCGGACGGCACGUUCAUCUUCCCCACGACGCGGCUGGGCGCCGAGAGCCAGUUCAGCGACUUCCUGGACGGGCUGGGGCCGGCGCAGGUGGUGGGGCGGCAGACGCUGGCCACCCCCCCCAUGGCCACUCGACUUGAGCAGAAAGAAGAGCAGUCUGCCUUUCCCUGUGCCGUGAAAGAGAAGCGUGUCCGAGGGGAAGCAGAAGAGCAGUAA